AUGUCUUUCGACGGUGUCAUAUUCAAAAUGCCCUAUUUCGGGAACUACUUCGCCUAUCGCAUUAUGUGCAACUUCAUCACACCAUUGGUCACCAUAUCGUUUGCAUGUAUCCUUUUCUAUAAUAACCAUCUGGGAACACCGUUGAACUGCCGCAAUCCGGGGUUUCCUGAGGGUAACUGGACCAAUGUUGCUACAACACAAUGCUGGACCAAAUUUAAUCUUCAUUCGGACAUUGAAGGAAAGAAGCUCCUCAGCGAUGCUUUCAAAAAUACAACUGAAGCUAUGAACAUUUCAACGGUGGUGUUUGGUUUAGCCGGAAUCGUGUGGAUUUACUUUGAAUUGUCCGGAGUCUCAUUGGCGAGGCAAUUCUGCAUCAAAACUAUGCUUAUCCUGUUGAAUCCGGAAGAACACGACGAAGAAGAAGAAGUGGACAACAUGGUGCAAAAAUUGAGAAACAUCAGCGUUCUUCCAGUGAUCCACAAUCGAUCACGGAUGUUCGUUUGUUCGUUAGCUGCCAAGUUGGCCUAUGCCGGAAGCAUUAUGUACCAAUCUUCCGCAUUGAGCACCAUCAUUGGAGAGAAGAGAACACCUAUUUGGGGCUUCAAGAUUUUGUCGAGCCGCUUUCUCUCGAUUCCUACUAAUUUCACUACGUCCAAUUUUCCCCACAAGGCUUACUGCAGCAUUUCGGAAGGAGAUCGUGCGUACACUUUCCCAUGUUCGAUUCCAUUCAAUGAGAUGAAUGAGUUACUCUUUGCUCUGUAUUCAAUCUGGAUUUUUACUCUCACUAUCCUGGUCACUUACGAUUUCGCGGAAUUCAUCAAAACUUGCGCAAGUAUGGACUACAUCAAGUCGCUUAUGAAAGAGAUCUAUGGAAAGACAAUCACAAUGGACAUGGCGCAGCAGCUUCAAUGUCACCUUGGCUUUGAUAUUUUCGUGAUUAUCAAAAGCGUGUUUGACAUCUCCGAGUCUAUUGGCGAGAAGCUGAUGCGUAAAAUGUUGGAGACUGAGCUCGUAGAGCGCGACGAAGAAGUUGAAGAUUUGUUGAAUGGGAAUCGUGAGAUCCACGCCGAGGCGAAUGCCGUUCUUGGCAUGGUCUAG